AUGUCCUACCAUAUGGAUCAGAUAAUGCUGGAUGUGAACGACCCUCACAGGAGGCGUCAACCCCUGACAGAUGCGUCCAGCCGCAUGAAUCACUCCAAAUCACCCAGAUCGGAGACGCCAUGCGUCACAAUAGAAGAAACAGAACAGCUGAAGACCCCUGACAGAAUGUCGUUUCGGAUGACAUCUACACCGCAGAUCAACAAGGAAAACGACCGGUUGUCUGUAGCGACUGAUAUCCAGCCAGUUUCGGCUAGAAGCUCAGUGAUGUCUGCGGCAUCACUCUUGUCCAACAGGGGAAAAAGGAAGACACAUGUCGGUCCAUGGCAUCUUGGAAAAGACCUGGGAAAGGGUGCCACUGGGCGUGUCAGAUUCGCCAAACACGCUGUCACUGGGAAUACCGCUGCCAUCAAAAUUGUCUCGAAGAAGUCAGCCGCGAUGGUUCAGAGUGAAAGUAUUGCAGCAAUGGAUCGCAAUGCAAGUCGGUUUAUCGGAAAUUCCACCACACGACCGAUGCCUUGUGGUAUUGAACGAGAGGUAGUCAUCAUGAAGCUGAUUGAACACCCGAACGUGAUCAGCCUAUACGAUGUUUGGGAGAACAGAGGAGAACUAUACCUCGUACUUGAGUACGUUGAGGGAGGUGAACUGUUCGAUUACGUCUUGAAAAACGGACCUCUUCCGGAAGAAGAAGCUGUUCGUCUCUUCCGCCAGAUCAUAGCAGCCCUGGGGUACUGUCACCGAUUCAACAUCUGCCACCGUGAUCUGAAACCAGAAAAUAUCCUCCUGGAUGGGAAUCACAAUGUCAAGCUUGCUGACUUUGGAAUGGCUGCUCUUCAGCCUGCCGGUCAUUUGCUGAACACCUCGUGUGGCAGUCCUCACUACGCGGCGCCGGAGAUUAUCUACGGACGAAAGUAUCGUGGUGACAGGGCUGACAUGUGGAGCUGCGGUAUUAUUCUUUAUGCCCUGUUGACUGGUUACCUGCCCUUCGAUGGUGGUGACCUUGGAAGCACCUUACGCCUGGUGAAGAAAGGAGACUAUAUGAUUCCUCCGGAGUUGAGUGAUGAGGCUGCCGAUCUGAUCCAACGAAUCUUGCAAAAGCGACCCGAGGAUCGCAUCUCUAUGCAGAAUAUCUGGCUACAUCCCCUAUUGACAAAGUAUGAAAAGCUGCACAAUGCCAUGGUCGACCACUAUGUUGGCCCUCCGCCCCCUUUGUCCGUCAAGGACUGUGGACCAACGUUGUCUUCCCAGCAAGACAUUGACCUCGACAUCCUGCGAAACCUUCAGACUCUGUGGCAUGACGUGAAGGUCGAGGAUCUUGUUCAGCGGGUGCUGUGCAUCGAGCCUACUCACGAGAGAAUGUUCUAUAAUGCGUUGGUGAAGUUCAGAGAUGAACAGCUGGAGAACUACCAAGGACAACCGCUCGAGUACUCAGCUAGUGACUACCAUCACAUCGCUCGUCCUGGGGGCAGAGCCCGCCGAGGACGAAGCCAGUCUGGUCAUGGAACUUCAAAGCGCCGUGCGCAACACACACCGGUGAAAGAGUUCCCUCGACGGAUGAGCUCUUUCAAAGAGCCCAUGUCUUCUGGGACGACUGAGAGCUAUGAUCCAUACAGAUCACCGAAGCAUAGUACUGUACCAGAGCCUCAAUAUGCUCAAAUCACUGUUCACCAACCAUUUAACGAAGCGGAAUCUUCCCCGAUAGUGAAGGCCCCUCCCUCCAUUGCGGAGGUUGAGGAAGAUGAGUCGGAGGAUGUCAAUUUCACAGAUGGGUCACCAUUUACGAUUCUCCAGAAGCGAAAGCACAAGCCCAGCUCCAUGAAAUCAUUCCACUCUUCUCGAGUACCACUUUCAAGCUCUCGCGUGCGUGGAUUGACAAGCCACUCCGCCAGCUACCGCCGGAAUGUCUCAUUCCAUCAUGCUCGGAACCGCUCAAAUGGCUCAACAACUGCAAAGCCCAAGCGUCGAAAGACAGCAGCGCCUAAUCAACCUCAUGAAAUCAAACAUUCUCCCAGCACCUGCAGCUUGCAAAUCAUGGCUGAUAUCGCUGACCUCCCUCAUAUGCCGAGUAGCCCACCUCUACCAGCUCAACCUACAGUGGUUAGAGCUCAUGGUCCACAAGUGAAGAGCUUGCGUCAUGUGCGUCAGCUUCGAGACUCGGAUUACACCUGGAAAGAGGAUACGCGAAAGGUCUCGCAUGAGCUCAGCAAAAUAUGUGAGGAGGCAUUCAAUGGAAGCUCUGUUUCGACUAUUCGAACAGCUAGUGCUGGCUCCGGUUAUGAGACUCCAGCAACUCCUGUGUCAGUCGCCUGUCCAGAGAGCCGCCCAGUUUCUGCUAAAAAAUCUGCCUCAAAGACACCCAAGUCUUACAGUAUCAAAGAGCUCACAGAGACUCGCCGAAAGCUGCUCGAGCAAAGUAAAGGACGAAACGACCGCACUUCUGCUCACAUCUCCGGUGUUCUGAACCACUUUGAUCGUUUGAUCGAAGAAUACGAAGCCGUAAAUGGUGUUUAUAGAGAGCCCGAGGAGAUUUUCUUCCAUGAUCCGUUCAUUUCCGUUCCAAAUGACGUUUCUUUGCCUGCCAUCAGUGAAGAACUUGCCAGUCCCACUGCGGGAGGCGAUGCUAGCCCUCGUCGCAAGCUGAAGUCAUGGAAUCCGGUUCCUCCACCGCAGAGUGGCGAUCUUAAGAACACAAUCCGUAUGGUGCCUCACAGCUCCUUCCGCUCCAUGGAGGAAGUUAAGCCUUUGACUAUCCGCAAGAAAAAGUCUGAAAAGCCUUUGCCCCCAGAUUUGCAUGACCACACCAAUAGCCCACUAUCGGCUGAUAACCGCAACUUCUCUACUGACACGAGGCAGGCUCCUCCUGUGUUUGGCUCUGGUGGUUUGGCAUGCAUCGAUGAAGUACCUAUAUCUCCCACGAGGAAGAAUACACGCGGCGAGGGCAGAAAAUGGUCGUGGUUCAAACACCGUUCCCAGGGCGCGAAUACUCCACCAGCUCUGCCUCCCAAGGACUCACACCCGAUCAUUCCAAGCGGUGGCUCAACAGUGCACAAGCCAAUCACCCUAGAGUCAAUUCCCAACUCCGAGGAGACUACACAGCAGGUUCCCAACCGCAAGACCUCCAUGGACCGUUUCGCAGGUGGCAUCUUCAAGAAACUCAUGUCCAAGAAGCCUGCGAAGAACAUGCAGGAAACGCCCACUGACGGAGAGAUCGAAAAGUCAGACAGCCCGCCUCGAGACAAACGUUUUUCUUCCGUAGUCCCCAACAAAAUGCCCGACACCGAAAGUUCAUUUGAGUCUGAUGACAACCAGAACCCAUUCCGCAACAAGCGCCGCUCGGUCGCUAAUCAUAACUGGUUUGCACGAGUUUUCCAGAUCAAACCCGCGAGCCGGGUGAUCGCUCUCAAUUGCUCGAAGCAAAAAGGCCGCAAAGAGCUAUACAAACUUCUUCGCGAGUGGCGAGACUAUGGCAUGGAGGAUGUUUGGCUUGACAAGGCCAACAGCGUUGUCCAUGGUCGUGUCAGCGAAGCCAACUUCCUCCGUCUACGAGAAGUUGAGUUUACCGCUGAAUUCUAUACUGUUCUGGAACACGGUCUGGAAAGCAACCUGGGUGUCGUCCGUUUCAAACAAGAGCGUGGAGCUGCCUCAUCUUUCAACGAGGUCGUUGAAGCUGUGGAGAAUACCCUCAAGCGCCGCGGUAUGACAGUUGAAGACCCUCUUCGCGCAAAGAAGAUGACCCAAGUUCUGGACACCAUCCCCAACCACAAAUAA